UCCUCGCGCAGCGCGCGGCUCAUCACCAAGCGGCACUACCUGAAGCACGACUGGUGCAAGACGGAGCGGCUGUGCAACUCGUUCUACAUCCCGCGCGAGGGGCGCGCCGACCGCCGGCCGUUCCGCUCGUGCCCGGCGUGCGCACCGCGCCGCUGGAAGACGGUGGCGGUGACGUUCCACUGUCCGGGUCAGAUGCCGGCGCGCCGUCGCCGUCUCGUCCGGCUCGUCAAGAAGUGCCGCUGCAUGGCGCAGCGCACCGGCCACUGA